AUACAGGCUAGUUCCAAAGGUUUAUUUUCCUGAGCAAAUUCAUGAUGUUAUACGUGCCACAAAGUACUUCCUGCAGCCAGAAGUCUUACACAAGUAUUCAGUUGACCCAGGCAGAAUCGGCGUUUCUGGUGACAGUGCUGGUGGGAAUUUGGCGGCUGCCCUGGGCCAACAGUUUAAUCAAGAUGCCAACCUAAAAAACAAGCUCAAAGUGCAAGCUUUAAUCUAUCCAGUUCUUCAAGCUUUAGAUUUUAACACACCCUCUUAUCAGCAAAAUGUGAACACCCCCAUCCUGCCCCGUUAUGUCAUGGUGAAGUACUGGGUGGACUACUUCCAUGGCAACCAUGACUUUGUCCAAGCAAUGAUAGUUAACAAUCACACUUCACUUGAUGUGGAAGAGGCUGCUGCCCUCAGGGCCCAUCUAAACUGGACAUCCCUCUUGCCCGCAUCCAUCACAAAGAACUACAAGCCCGUCAUGCAGACCACCGGCAACACCAGGAUCGUCCAGGAGAUCCCUCAGCUGCUGGAUGCCCGCUCAGCCCCACUCAUCGCAGACCAGGAAGUCCUGCGGCACCUCCCAAAGACCUAUAUUCUAACCUGUGAGCACGAUGUCCUAAGAGACGAUGGCAUCAUGUAUGCAAAGCGUUUGGAGAGUGCAGGUGUGGAGGUGACCCUUGAUCACUUUGAGGAUGGCUUCCACGGAUGCAUGAUUUUCACCAGCUGGCCUACCAACUUCUCAGUGGGAAUUCGGACUAGGAAUAGUUACAUCAAGUGGCUGGAUCAAAACCUGUAA